AUGUCUUCUGCACUAUCACUCCGUAGCAUUCUUGAUGCUAACAAGUUGACUGGUCCCAAUUUUGCUGAUUGGCUUCGUAACUUGAGAAUUGUUCUCAAGUCUGAGAAGUUGGACCAUGUGAUUAACUCACCACUGCCUAAGGCCCCUGUUGAUGAUGCACCUUAUGAUGAGCAUCAAGCUCAUCGCUCGUGGAUGGAUGAGGCAAAUGUUGCCCAGUGUAUUAUGUUGGCCUCCAUGAACUCUGAGCUUCAGAAGCAACAUGAGUACAUGGAUGCUUACACUAUACUGAUUCAUCUACAAGAGUUGUAUCAUGUUGAGGGGAGGACAGCUUGA